AUGGAUCUCGACAUAUCUGACAUUCUAGCUGACGUCUCACGACCAGCUGCGGGGGCGGCGACGGGCUCAUUAUCGCACAGCGCCUCGGACACGGAUACAUUCACCGACCACCAGCUACUUGUCCGGGCGUGGACGUCGGAGCGGUGCGCGCCUGAUUUGCUCCCGUACCCCACGGACCUGCUUUACAGGGUGAUGAGUCGGGUGCAGAGCCAGAUCAGUCGGAUCGAAGACAUGGCUGCGGGCGUGGGAGGAGACGGAGUGGGAGGAGGAGGAGGUCAAGCGUCCGUUUCUGGUGGUGGGAUGCAAAACUCCAAUCUCGUCUUGAGCAUUCUACAGACGGACCUCGGGCGCACGCAGUUCCUCGUGCGGAGUUUCUUGAGGGUCCGUCUGGCCAAGCUGACAAAGUACGCGACGUACUACCUUCGACUGACGACGGAGCGGAAGACCGCGUGCCUGAGCGCGGCCGAGGCGCAGUUCGUGGCGAACCACCAGGCGCUCCUGGGCGAGUUUUACGACGCGAGUUUCCUGAGCGCGUUUCCCGCCGGGUUGAGGAGGCUGGACGACGUCAGUGCCGGCGUGAGCAUGGUGGAGGGACCGGACGUGGGGAGUGCCGUCGUGGUGAGGUGUCUCGCGGAGCUGUGGGGGAACGAGGACGAUAUUGAAAACGCCGCCGCCGGUGCUGCUGCUGCUGCUGAUGAUGAUGAUGAUCAGAACGACGAGGAUAACGGGCCGACUGUAGAGUUGAGAAUGAGAGGGGGAGAGAUUUGGAUCGUGAGAUGGAGGGAUGUCAAGGCUGGAGUGGAAAGGGGGGAUGUUGAAUUGUUAUAA